CUGCACAAUCGGACCAUAACUCCUUUGCGCACAAUGAAUCGUUCCUUCUAGCUGCUGUGCAAUACCUCGAUAUUUAGGAAUGCCACUACGAAUGUCCACCCACGUGUACCUGUCACUCUCUUUGGGGAGAUUCUGGGGACCCAUUCAGAGCCCCCGAAAUUCGUUGUCGUUCUCAAUUACACUACCACGCGUCGAAUACGCAUCUCUUCGCUGAAGCUGAGAAUGCCUUGCAGCCUGAACCCGCGCCGACCCAAACUAGAUGCCGCCCACGACCCAUGCCUCGACAAAUGGCACAAGGCUUACACUGAAGAAGUCCACCAGCAUGGAGCCUACCCAGGCAAAUUUCAGUCACCCCUACCAACCUUAUUCCAUUCAGUUAGAUUUUAUGAAAGAGCUCUAUCGCUGCAUAGAGGAGAAGAAAGUCGGUAUCUUUGAAUCCCCUACAGGCACCGGCAAGUCGCUGAGCCUGAUCUGUGGUGCUUUGACCUGGCUCCGAGAACACGAACACCUGGCACUGCAAGGUCUGACGGAUGGAGGAGAGCCACUCGACUGGCUUUUGAAGGCUGAAAAGUCUGCUCAACGCCGGGAGCUGCUCCUUGAACGCGAGGAACUUGAGCUGAGGCUUGCCAAGGUUCGUGAAGAGGAGGCAUCCCGCCGACAGAGGCGAUUCGAUGUAAAAACUUCCAAGAAACCUCGAACCAAGAUUGCAAAUAGUGAGGACAAGACUAUAGAUGAUGACCAGUUCAUGUUGGAGGAAUAUGACAGCCCCAGGGAAGAGACAUACUCUACCAACAAUUCGACGGUCAGCCUUUCCAGCUCAACCCAAGCUCUGCUUGAUAAACUAAAAGGCCCAACGAAAACUGACGCCGAGGAAGAAGAGAAAGAUCGACUUAAGGUCAUUUUUUGCUCACGCACUCACUCCCAGCUCACACAGUUCGUGAAUGAACUGCGCCGUGUCAAGCCCCCUUCCUCCCUCUCUUUAGAGGCCGCGGCUACCACGCACAAAUCGUCGCUUGAAGAAGGGGUGAAACACCUUGCUCUAGGCUCGCGAAAGAACUUGUGCAUCAAUCCUAAAGUUGCAGAUUUAUCGUCUACAAUCGCAAUCAAUGAGCAAUGUCUCGAACUCCAGAAGCCUGCAACCCCCAAAGACAGAAGGUGCCCGUAUAUGCCCACAAGGGACGACAAAGCAAAGGUCGGGGAUUUUCGAGACAGAGUUGUUGCAGAGAUACGCGACAUCGAAGACACGAGUCACUUAGGCAGGCAAAUGCAGCUCUGUCCCUACUAUGCUUCGCGAGCAGCCAUAAGCAUGAGUGAGGUACUCACAUUGCCCUAUCCUCUCCUUCUACAGAAGUCCGCCCGUGAAGCUUUGGGGGUCUCUGUCAAAGACAAUAUUGUUAUAAUUGACGAGGCUCACAAUCUUAUGGAUGCCAUUGCAGACACCUUCUCCAUAUCACUCCGUCUCAGCCAGCUUGAGCAAAGUGCUCGGCAAGUUACCGCUUACGCAAGUCGAUUCAAGAAUCGCUUAAAAGGGAAGAACCGUGUAUAUGUUAUGCAAGUGAUACGGUUGCUGAACUCGAUGACCGACUGCCUGCGUGAGACGAUGCAGAAAGCGACCUCGCCGGAAGCAACUAUAACAGCUGCGCAACUCAUGUCGGGGAAAGGAGUCGAUCAGAUCAAACCCCACAAACUGCUGCAAUACCUACAUGAAAGCAAGCUUUGCCAUAAAGUUGAGGGAUACUCGGAUGUGCGACGAGACCGAACCGAUGCGAAUCAUGGCAAAGGGGCCUUGCUGCAGUUUCAAAACUUUCUUGUAGUAUUGAUGAAUCCGGACGAUGAAGGACGAUUCUUCACAAGCCGACAAGAUGACGAGGUGGCCAUCCACUACACGCUGCUCGAUCCACGAGAACACUUUCGACAAAUAGUUCAAGAUGCAAGAGCUGUCAUUCUGGCUGGCGGAACGAUGUCCCCCAUGUCCGACUAUUCGGAUUAUCUCUUCUCAUAUCUCGACAAGGACCGGCUUCGAACUUUUAGCUUCGGUCAUAUCAUUCCCCCGUCUCAUUUAUUCGCUCAAGCCGUUGUGAGGGGACCGUCUGGCAUUGAGUUCGAUUUCAGGUACGAAAUGCGUGGCUCUGAAAGAAUGAUUCUUGAACUAGGAGAUCUUGUUCUACAGACAUGCCGCCUCGUGCCGGAUGGGGUUGUGGUAUUCUUCCCGAGCUACGAUUACCUUGCACGAGUGAUUUCUGUUUGGCAGCACCAGCCAGCUUCUCAACCGGUGAUGAAUGCCUUGGGUAAUAUCAAGACAAUCUUCCAAGAAUCGAAGUCCAUUGCCGUCGAUGAACUUCUGCAAGGAUAUGCUGCUGCGGUGGAUGGCGGAAGAGGAGGUCUGAUGUUGUCAGUUGUGGGCGGAAAGCUUUCGGAGGGUAUCAACUUCUCUGACAAACUCGGUCGAGCAGUGCUUGCAGUCGGUCUCCCAUUUCCUAAUGCCAACGGAGCGGAGUGGAAGGCCAAGAUGGAACAUAUUGAGGGACUUCGAUAUGAGCACUGCAAAAACCAGGGGAAGGGCGAAGCAGAGUGCAGGGCUGAGGCGAAGAUUGCAAGCAGAGAAUACUACGAAAAUGCAUGCAUGAGGGCUGUGAACCAAAGCAUUGGAAGAGCAAUCAGGCACAGAAACGACUAUGCCGCGAUAUUGAUGGUCGACAGACGGUUCUCAACAGAGAGGAUAUCUCGCAAGUUGCCUGGAUGGAUACAAGACAGCAUGGACAACAACCUGCGGGACUGGACAGCCAUAGAAAAAAGUAUUGAGGUCUUUUUCCGUGGGAAACAAUGAGGCGAUGUCCAUGCCAGGCAAAGAUUCACAGCAGAGUCUGAAGCACCAGUCGCUAAUGCUCUUGUGGCCAGCUCACAUAGUGUGUUGGACGUGCCGACUUUGCACACUAUCGUGCGCUUGAGCCCGUGGAGAAUUGGGUAACUCGAGCCUGGCAACAUUAUCCACAUCUCCCGAAGUACGUUUCGGGAACAGCAGCUCAUAGCUUGUUCAUAGAACCAAAUAGCAUGGUUUGUGUGACUGAGAUCAUUAUGGAGGCUCACUAGACCGAUAGAGUCAUACUUCGUCAACUGAGAGUGGUGGAAUCCCAAUUUGAGGAUUUCUCAAUGCGAAGCAUCCGACGGGCAGGAAUGUACAAAUAUGGUAUUCCACCGACGCCAACAC